AUCUAAUUUUUUAGUUCCAUGUCUUCAAUGCUUGCAUUGUUCACAGAUAACCUGAAAACACCAAAGGUCCGUCAAGAUGACUACCAGUAUUUCUGGCUGUCAAUAUUAGACAGUUCAUACUCACAUAUAUCAAAUUAAAUAUCGUAUGUUUUAAGUAUCCAUUUUUAUUUUUAUUAUCUGACAAUGGCAAAUCCUUUGAAAGCUCUAAAUGAACAUUUUUUGUAUAACCACAAAGUAGCUAGUGCCUUACAACAGUUGUUGCACCCCAGUGAUCGCAGAUUAAUCUCCAUUUGGUUUGAUAAAUUACUGGAAAUGAAUAAGAGCGUGGAGGAAAUGAUUAUCAGAAGUGAUUACAUGUGGUUUAUCUUACUGAUGAUGCAAAGUAGGAAAAUUAGAGAACCUUUUACUAGACUACCGCCAACAAAUAUGCAACCGUUGAAAAAGUUUGUUCCACUACAUAUAUAUGAAGAGGUAUUGAUUGCGAACGAACCAAAUAUGGUUUACAUUAGUCCAAAGAAAAGCGAGGAAAGCCUUAAAUCGAAAGAAAAAACAGUUUCGGUGGCGACAUCUUACGAAUCAUUUAAUUAUUAAACUGCUUCUACGUAUUUUUAAAGAUAAUAAAGAUAUUUUUUCACAAAUUUAAUUUAGUUAUGAACAGUGACA